UGUCAGUCCGUUUGCCAAGCUCAGUCGAGAUCUCGCGUGCCUCGCUCGAUUGCUCGCCCUGACGCGCGUUGACAGUCUCCGCUCCGACCUGUGUUCACAUUCGACCCUGCUCUAGUGGUGGUGGUGGUGGUGGUGCUGCUGGACGAUCGCGCUCGCAUGCCCUCGACCGGGCUCGACGGCGCAGGGACCGCGGACCGGACUUAUUCCUCGUGAGUGCGCUCGCGGUGCGGCUUCGGGACCACUGGGCGACCGGCCGCGACCGGCCGACGCCUCGCCGCGUCGCGGCAGACGACCACCGACCGUCCGCCGCGACGGUCCGCCGCCCGGCACCUAUGGACAUAGAUCCGUUCGAAGAUCCACCCUAUCGGCGCUCCAGGCGGCGAGUCUGAGCGCGGGGCGCUGCCCCGCCGCGCCCCCUGGGCGCCCACCGACGGCGACGCCGACCACUCGAGCCGCCCUUUACCUUCCACCACCGGACCCCGCGUGGUGCCGCGCACCGCUAGCGGCCGAUCCGCCUCAGAAUCGCCGCGGGUCCGCGGCUACUGGUCGAUCUGCAUUCCGUCGAAACGCCACGUUUUUCACUUCCCAACUCCAACCGAGGUUCCACGACUGCCCAAGGGGGCCGUUGUCAGCGACCACGUGCGCUGCCGCGCGCAGAGUGGAGGCCCCACGGACGCAGCCGCGCAAGUAGCGUAGCCGAGGUGUUGCACGGACCGAGCUGAAGAUAACAUUGGCUCCCCUUCGAGCAGACUUUUCGCCCGAGAUAUGGCGAUUCCCUUCGCCCUGCCGUCCGAGGACGAGGCCGAGGCUCAGGGCCAACAGCUGGAGCAACUCAUGCUCGACCUGUACGCCGCGCUGCAACAGGUCCUUCGCAUCAGGAACGCUCAACACCCUUCACGAAACCACCGGCUGCCUCGGCGGUCGGGCGACAUGCCGGGUUUCCGGGAGCACCCGGUGGUCCUGAUCGACUCGGACCUGUCCCGGCUGCCGCUCCCGGACCUGGUGCUGUCCGCCGUGGAGCAGCUCCCGACUCCGACCCCCCUGGUGACCGCCUCCGCCCCCAGCAGUCCGACGAGGGACGCGGCCUUCCAGUUCCCCGAGGCCAGCGUGCCCGUCCCGAUCCCCAGGCCGCGGCCACGGAGGCGCAGGCUGACCUCGGAGUGCUCUGUCCAGGAGAAGGAGAGGAUGAACGCCUGCUGCGGCCAACCCCCCACGGCUAUAGAGAGGGAGUGGGCCAGCAUCGGGUCCAACCUCAGGAACAUCGCCGACGACUUCCACGCCAGUCAUACCAAGGGUGCCGAGGUCGAGAAAUCCCGACUACCGUUCAUCGGGUCGACGUCAUCGGCAGCCGACAGCUUCUUCUCGUUCCUGUUGCCGGCGCCUCUGCGAGAAACCCUGUGGACGACGGUGGCGCUAUACCUGGGAUGGAGGCUCGUCUCGCGUCUCCGAUAGAGGAGGUAUUACGGGAUCAUCCUUGAUACGAUGCCAUAAGAGCGAGCCUGCGAUUGGC